AUGGACAACGUAGCCCUGGGCUGGCCGUACCCCCAGUUGUUCGAGAUAUGUGAGCACUUCGGAAAAAUCGACAAGGAAGCCGAAAUGAACCCGCUGGUCAGCCAGUUUUUCAACGCCAGCCCUUCCACCCUCACCUACGGCCUGGGCGGCCACUCGGUCGUCCUGCAAAUCUCCCCGACCAUCGCAGCCAAGGUGUGCAUCAAACCCGGAGACGACAGGCUGCAGAACGAGCAGAGCGUGUUCCACCUGCUCCGUGACGUCGACUGUCCCUACAUCAUCCAGCCCUACUACCACGCCCCCGACGUCACCUUUGUCGAGCUGCUCUAUCGCUCGCUCCAGUACAGAAUGUGCAAAACUUGGCCCGGGUCCCAGGCCCCGCGGCCCGUUCUGCGAUGGAUGUUCCAGCUGACCUCCGCCGUCGCCUGUCUCGAGGAGCUGGGCAUCGCCCACGGAGACAUCAACCCCGGAAACGUCAUGCUCAGCCACGACGACAACCUCAAGCUGAUCGAUUUCGAUCAUGCCGUCAAGUACGGCCAGGCCGUCGACGUGGGACAGGAGCCCUAUGUUCGACAGGGCCGGGGCUGGACCGAUGGAUCUUACGGCGGCGCCGGACCAAAGACGGAGCAGUUUGCUCUGGGCUCCAUGUUCUGGUUCAUGCACCGCGGCACCGAGGCGUAUGCGGAGAUUUCUGGGCAUUCGAUGGUAAACAACUUUAUCGACGGCAUCUUCCCCACCACCAACCCCGAUGACCCCAUCGAACAGAUCAUUGACAACUGCUGGCACUGGCGCUACCCCCGCGUGGCCGAUCUGCUAGCCGAGGUCAAGGCCCUGGCGGGGAGCGAGGCGGAGCAAGUCAAGCCGGCGGAAUCGGCCGAGGACAAGGCGGAGAAGCGCCGCUUCUGCGAGGAGUACUACAACAGCGCCAUCCGCACGCCGCCAACCAAGCUAGAAAAGAGUGAAGAAGCUGCUGGCGAGAAGAACAAUGAUGAAGCGGGUGUUGCUGCUGGUGCUGAUGCUGGUGCUGAUGCUGGUGCUGAUGCUGGUGCUGAUGCUGGUGCUGGUGCUGGUGCUGGUGCUGGUGCUGGUGCUGGUGCUGGUGCUGGUGCUGAUGCUGGUGCUGAUGCUGGUGCUGGUGCUGGUGCUGAUGCUGAUGCUUGCGUCGCCACGCCCGACGAAGGCUGCGGGCAGCCGGCCGCCCUUGCGCUAUCCUCUAUUACGCCGCUAACUACGCUAGAAAAAAGUGAAGAAGCUGCUGGCGAGAAGAGAAGAGAUGAAGCAGAUGUUAAUGCUGGUGCUGAUGCCUUUGUCGCCACGCCUGAGAAGCCGGCCCUUAUUACGCUGUCCUCCGUCACGCCGCUAACUAAGCUAGAAAAGAGUGAAGAAGCUGCUAGCGAGAAGAAUAAUAAUAAGGCAGGUGUCGAUGCUAAUGCUGAUGCUAAUGCUUGCGUCGCCACGCCUGACGAAGGCCGCGGGGAGCCGGCCUUUAUUACGCUAUCCUCUGUCACGCCGCUAACUAAGCUAGAAAAGAGUGAAGCUGCUAGCGAGAAGAAGGAUGAUAAAUCAGGUGUUGAUGCUAAUGCUAGUGAUUUCGUCGCCACGCCUGAUAAAGGUCGCGGGCAGCCGGCCACUAUUGCGCCAUCCUCUAUCACGCCGCCGACUAAACUAGAAAAGAGUGAAGAAGCUACUGGCGAGAUGAACAAUGAUAAGGCGGGUAUUGAUACUGGUGUUAAUACUAGUGCUGCUGAUUUUGUCGCCACGCCUAACGAAGGUCCCGAGCAGCCGGCCACUAUUGCGCUAUCCUCUAUCACGCCGCCGACUAAGCUAGAAAAGAGUGAAGCUGCUAGCGAGAAGCACAAUGAUAAAGCGGGUAUUGAUACUGGUGUUAAUACUAGUGCUACUGAUUUUGUCGCCACGCCUAACGAAGGUCCCGGGCUGCCGGCCACCAUUACGCUACCCUCUAUCACGCCGCCGACUAAACUAGAAAAGAGUGAAGCUUCUAGCGAGAAGCAUAAUGAUAAAGCGGGUGUUGAUGCUGGUGUUGAUGCCAGUGCUGGUGAUUUCGUCGCCACGCCUGACGACGGUCCCGGGCUGCCGGCUACUAUUGCGCUAUCCUCUAUCACGCCGCCGACUAAACUAGAAAAGAGUGAAGCUUCCAGCGAGAAGCACAAUGAUAAAGCGGGUGUUGAUGCUGGUGUUGAUGCUAGUGCUGAUGCUUGCGUCGCCACGCCCGACGCCUUCGUCGGGCGGCCGGCCCCCAUUCCGCCAUCGUCCGUCGCGCCGACGAAGGAGACUACCAAAUGUGGGAUAGAUGAGACAAUGUAA